AUGUCUGCUGCCACUGCCCCCGCUGCCGGUGAUAUCAUCAGAAUUCCCGCACACACCGCCGAGUGCGAGAAAGACAACCGCCGCAUUGCCUGGAAGCAAACUAUGAUGGAAAGAUCCGAGAUGUACUACACCGUUCAUGGCACCAACAUCUCUAAGAACAACACCGAUGUCAUUCUUUUUGUUCAGGGCAACUGGUACAAUUCUGGCGCUAGUCCUGCUGAGCAUGUUUCAAAAAUUGGCAAGGCCGUUGAUGGUUCCUACGAAAUCAAGCUCGAUGCAAAGUUCCAAUAUGGUCAGAAGAACAAGGAGGGCGAAAACCGUUUCCUUGUCUACCACAACAAGGCCAACAAGCCUUACCAGCACCGUUUCAUGGCCACUCUCAUUCAAGGUCAAGUCGCAGAAUGGGCCAAAAAGCUCAUCCCCGUCGCACAAGCCCAGGAUGGCUUGGCGCUGAUGACUUCCAUCUUCGGUGACUACUUGCACACCUACUAA